UGCUGCCGGGCCAUGGCGCCGAUGGGGAUCCGCCUGUCUCCGCUGGGGGUGGCCGUGUUCUGCUUGCUGGGGCUCGGCGUGCUCUACCACCUCUACUCGGGCUUCCUCGCCGGCCGCUUCGCCUUCCUCAUGCUGGGCGGGCCGGCGGCCGAGUCGGGCAGCGUGGACCUGAGGGAGCUGCUGGCCGCCUCGGUGGCGGCGGCCGUCCAGGGCGGCGAGGAGGUGAAGCUGGUGCGGGAAGCCAACGACCUGCACGAGAAAGCCAAAGGCAAGACCCGCGAGGGCGCCGACGAGAUGCUGACCUUCGGCGACCUCCACUCCAACCGCAAGAUGUACCACUUGCUGAAGACGGCGUUCCCUGGCGUGCAGAUAAACACCGAAGAACAUGUAGAUGCAGAUGACCAGGAGAAAAUUUUUUGGGAUCACAGUAUUCCUGAGGACAUCAAGAGAAAAAUUCAGUCCAUGCUGGUCCAGGCAGACAGUGUUACUGUAUGGAUUGAUCCUCUGGACGCAACUCAAGAGUAUACAGAGAAUCUUCUGCAGUAUGUUACUACAAUGGUGUGCGUAGCUGUAAAUGGUAAACCGGUUAUAGGAGUAAUACACAAGCCAUUCUUUGCAUAUACAGCCUGGGCAAUGGUAGAUGGUGGAUCAAAUGUUAAAGCACGUUCUUCCUACAAUGAGCAAACUCCAACGAUCAUUGUAUCGCGGUCUCAUGCUGGGACGGUUAAGCAAGUUGCUUGGCAAACAUUUGGAAAUAAAUCUGUUAUAAUUUCAGCGGGUGGAUCAGGAUAUAAAGUUCUGUCUCUCCUAGAUGUGCCUGAGGUGAACCAGGAAAAAGCAGAUGUGUAUAUUCAUGUAACAUACAUCAAAAAAUGGGACAUAUGUGCUGGCAAUGCAAUGCUGAAAGCAUUAGGAGGUAAAAUGACUACCUUGGCCGGGGAGGAAAUCAGUUACACUGGUUCAGAGGACGUUGAAGAUGGGCUCAUAGCCAGUAUAAGUAUAAACCACCAGAGACUAGUGGAAAAACUUCCUGUUCUAGACAAGACUUCACAGAAUUAAAUUCUGGAGAGUGAACAAAUCAUGCUUCUGGAGCCUCAAAAUAGUUAUCAGGGGGAAAUGUAAAAUUGACCUUUGAAAGAUGGUACACUCAAGGAAAUGAUCUUUUGGAGGA